AGUUCUCAGUGGCAAGGCCAGAAAUGCCCCCAGAAAGCUCCUCUGGCCUAAUACCCAAUCAGGAAUCUGGAAAGAGCAAAGAGGACUUAUUCUAGUCCUAAUAGAGUCAGGAGGGUGAGAAAGGAUGCCCGUGCAGCUGUUCCUUUCAGAUCCUUAGCCACUGUUUCUUUCUCCAAAUCUUGUUUGGGACAAGGGGGUAAAAAAUGUAAAGGGAGAAGUGGGGUUGAAAAGGUGCAGCUGAAAGAUUUCCCAAAAGAGAGAUGCAUUUAGGAGCUAUAUAAAUGGUCUAUCUUCCUAUAACAUAAAUUUCUCUGGACCAUUUUGGGGAAAGAGUGAAAAUCUGUAAUUUAAAGCAUUUUAUUCUAUUUUAAGUUUUAAAGGAACAUUAGGCAAUUAAAAGCAAAAUUCUCCAAAAAUUUUAAGCUAAAACAUGAAAUUACUAAGAAAUUCCGGGCUUGUAGAGGGAAAAUUCGGACUCUUCCCCCAACUAGGGCUGAUUCCCUUUGCUCUGAGGUUGGGGCAUGAGUGGGGGAACUCAGUGCCUGGCACCUAGUGAAGGCAGCUGUUGUGAUCUCCAGGGUCCGGGGAUGGGAGCCUCAGUGCCCAAAGGUGUGUGGCCCAGCCAGAGGCCGUGGGAAGGUCAGUGCCCAAGAGUGAGGCCCAGCCAGAGGCCAUGGGAAGGGUCAGUCCUGUGUCCCCGGUGUACUCUCGGCCACACAGGCUGAGCGAGAGGGUGGAGAGUGGCAGUCACUGGCUCCGCCCCCUCUCUCUCGCCCCGCCCCUGCACUGGCUCCGCGUGGUUCUCUAGAGCCGCAGCUCAGACUCGGUGGUCUCCAGGCAGCUCUGGUUUGGCGGAGGGAACCGCAAGCCCCCAAGUGGUCCGUCUGUGGCUUCUCCCCGAAAAAGAUCGAGGAACGCGGUCUGCCGGCAAAAUUGGACUCCACCGGCUUCUGACGACAAGCGAGGGACUGAGAGUCUCCGAGUCCCGGACAAGUGAUUGUCCCCAGGGGAAGGACAGGCCGGGGUCGCCAUUCCAAACCGCCAUGGCCGCGCCCGCCCGCCGUCUGUGCCAUAUCGCUUUCCACGUGCCCGCGGGGCUGCCCCUCGCCCGGGAUCUGCAGCGCCUCUUCGGCUUCCAGCCCCUGGCGGUGCGGGAAGCAGACGGCUGGCGGCAGCUGGCUCUGCGGAGCGGCGACGCGGUCUUUUUGGUGAACGAGGGCGCGGGGCCCGCAGAGCCGCUGUACGGCCUGGACCCGCAUCAUGCGGUGCCCAGUGCCACGAACCUGUGCUUCGACGUGGCCGACGCGGGCGCCGCCGCCCGGGCGCUGGCGGCGCUCGGCUGCAGCGUGCCGGUGCCCCCUGUCAGCAUGCGGGAUGAGCAGGGCGCCGCCACCUAUGCCGUGGUCAGCUCGCCGGCCGGCAACCUCAGCCUGACGCUGCUGGACCGCACUGGCUUCUGCGGGCCCUUCCUGCCCGGCUUUAGGCCUGUGCCCUCCGCACCUGGCCCGGGCUGGGUCAGCCACGUGGACCACCUGACCUUGGCCUGCACCCCCAGCAGCUCCCCAAAACUGAUGCGCUGGUUCCACGACUGUCUAGGCUUUCACCACCUGCCUCUGAGCCCAGGUGAGGAUCCGGAGCUGGGCCUGGAGGUGGCAGCAGAGUCCGGGCGCGGGGGGCUGAGGCUCACCGCCCUGCGGGCCCCUACGGGUACUGAGGUCCCUACCCUCGUGCUGGCCGAGUCCCUGCUGGGGGUCACCAGCCGACAGGACCAGGUGGAGCAGUUUCUGGCCCGGAAUGGGGGUCCUGGACUGCAGCACGUGGGGCUAUACACACCAAAUAUCAUGGAAGCCACUGAGGGGGUGGCAGGGGCCGGGGGUCAGCUUCUGACUCCUCCAGAGGCCUACUACCAGCAGCCAGGCAAGGAGAAGCAGAUCCUGGCUGCAGGGUAUGAGCCUAGCCUGCUGGCCCGACAGGGGGUCUUGCUAGAUGGUGACAGAGGCAAGUUUCUGCUUCAGGUCUUCACCAAGUCCCUCUUUGCAGAGGACACUUUCUUCCUGGAGCUGAUUCAGAGGCACGGGGCCACUGGAUUUGGCCAGGGCAACAUUCGGGCCCUGUGGCAGUCCGUGCAGGAGCAAGCUGCCAGGGUCCAGGAAGCCUAAGAAGGGCUGAAGCUGGGUGUAGCCGCCUGUCCUGGAGCACUGGGGAGUCCAGCAUGGGGCCUGCUGGAACUGAGAGACACCCACAGAGGCCUGGAGUGAAAGGUUUUGUCUUUAGGGGCUAGGUGUGGCCUCCAUCUCAUCGUGCCAGAAGUUGAAUCUCACAGGGGUCCAAAGAGAUGGGAUUUUUUUUUAAACUGUGAAACGUUUCUCA